GCGUUUCAUAGGCUGAAGUUGAAAGCGAUAAUGACGUUGUAUAGCGCGUGCAAAACAAAGAAGGGGAAAUCUUCUUCUGCUACCCAAGUUACGGCGGUGUUUGGAUGAGGGGGACUGCUUCCGGCAACCGAAGGCGAGACGGGUUACAGGCUUCGGAGUUCAGACGGACAAUCCUUCAACAGCAGAGCGCACUGCGCUGCAUUGCGUUGCGUAGACGUAGCUCUCUCUCGGUCGGCGGCUGUCCCUGUCGUUGUCACGCUGUCUUCCUCCGCUUGUCCAGAGAAGCAAGAAAGGUCACGACAAUGGACGAUCGGCGGCGCGGCGACGCCAUGCGCCAGCGGCCGUUCACGUCUGCCCAGGAGAGGGUAUUCGACGGCGGAGGCAGCAGCAGCGUCCCCGGGCCGGCGUUUGGCGGUGACUUUGAUCAGGGAUCCUAUAUGGCGCUUCUUAGCGCCGGUGUCAACCCCCAGCCACCGCCGACGCAGUGGGCCGUCGAGGAGGUGACCGCGGCGCCUCCCAAUAACGUGACACCUCAAUUCUUGGCUAACUACGCGCCGCCGCCGUCCUACCAUCAUCCCACCUCGUUCGCCGCACUGCCGCUCGGCGGCAGAAUGGAUUACCCACCGUACCUUCAGGCAGGCCCGCCGCCGCAAUGGUCUACGCGAGCGACGCCGGCUCCCUCCCUGCCGCCGCCCAACUUCGCCGUCCUCCUCCCCAGGUCUCUACACGACCAGGACAUGCAUCCGCGCGCCGCCGCGUUCUUCGGCGGCGGCAGCUCGCAGUCGCAUGCGCCGGCACCGGCGGCGGCGAUCGAGCAGCCGGCGAAGGACGGGUACAGCUGGCGCAAGUACGGGCAGAAGCAGCUCAAGGACGCCGAGUCGCCGCGGAGCUACUACAAGUGCACGAGGGACGGCUGCCCCGUCAAGAAGGUCGUGGAGCGCUCCUUCGACGGGUUUAUCACGGAGAUCACCUACAAGGGCCGCCACAACCACCCGCGCCCCCAGGAACGCGGCAGCGCCGGCGCGGCGUGCGGUGGCGACGAUGUCGGGAUCGCCGGCGCCGAGGUGGACGUGCACGAGCCGAGCGACGACGACACGCUUCAUGAGGACGAUGGCGACGGGGGUCGUGACAUGGGCGCCGACGGCGAGGCCGGACAAAGGGUGGUGAAGAAACCCAAGAUCAUCCUACAAACCCCGAGCGAGGUCGAUCUCCUGGACGACGGCUACAGGUGGCGCAAGUACGGGCAGAAAGUAGUCAAGGGCAACCCCCGUCCUAGGAGCUACUACAAGUGCACCGCGGACAAAUGCAACGUGCGCAAGCAGAUCGAGAGGGCGUUGACCGAUCCCAGGUGCGUCCUGACGACAUACACCGGCCGGCACAACCACGACCCACCGGGCCGGGGAGCGCCAGCCGCCGCCGCGGCAGGCGGCUCUUCCGCCGAUCACCCGACGCCUUCGGUCAUGAACUCGACCGGGGGAAGUGGGGCGUUUCAGCAAAUCGGUGGUGCUCGGCAGCUGAAAGAGGAGAGCUAGGCGAGAUGAUGGAUGCUUUUUUGUGGAGUGUGGUUUUGUGCGUGUGAAUAACAGAGGCUGGAGCAUUUAUUCUUUUGGGCAGGUGUUUCUGCCGGCUAAUUGUUGAUCAUAUUUUAGUAGAUUUCAGCUGUUUCAAAGGAGCUGACAUUUCAUUUUUUUUUUUUUGGCUAUUGAUAUUGAUCUGUGCUGCAUGAUAUGUAUAUUCAUUUGUUGUUUUCCUUACAUGUUUAAUGUGAA